AAUCUAUAGUUUUGUAAUACUGUAUUGAGCAGAUUUUAAUAUUUAUGUUAUGACCAUUCAUGUACUGUUAGACAUUAACAACUAGUGAGCUUGUUACUACCUUUUAAAUUAUUUUAAAAUACUCUAAUGUUGCCAGAAAUUUUUUUGCAUCUGUAUUUCCCCAUUUCUUUUUUAAAAAUUUGGAUUAAGUAAUAACUUAGUUUUAGAGAUCUUCCUAGAAAAAUUUGCUGUCUUAACAUGCUCCUAAAAACUAAGCUCAUGAAACUUGAGUGCACAAUUGACAAAAACUAAAUAUAGCUUUGUGCUUUAAAAAUGGAAUUAUGUUUAUUCUUGAUUAUUAGGCUCAGAAUAUGUAUACUUCGGUUUUGAUUUAAAUUUAUAGACUUCCUUAUUGAAGGAAAGGAACACAUGCAUAUCUAGUCUGCACUCUGCGUCUUAUCCCAUUCACAUGGCAGUUUGUAAUGAAAAGAGAGCAAUCUCUGCCUUAUCUUUAACAAGUGUUUCAGAGAUUCUGUGAGUCAGCUCUGGGAACCAAGAACCAGCGAUGGUUGCCUCUAAAAUGUUGCCUGUGUCCUUAUUAAUUGGUGAAAAUGUCUUCAAAUUGGGACUCAGUAAUAGAGAAGUAAAAAUGCUGCAUAUUCUUCUUCUUCCUCUCUCUUUUAUCCUUGAUAUAGAACCUUUGUUUCAUUGGCUCAGAAUGUUCAGCUUCAUUUACAUCUAAUGAAGAAACAUUAGACAACCAUUAUUUUAUUCUUUGCAUCAUUAUUUUAGAACAAACUAGUUUAAAGUAAACAGAUUAAACUAAAAUUUUAUGGGAUAUGUUUAGAGAAGAGUAAGUUUUAAAGACUACAUUCAGGUCCUGGGUUUAUUUAUUCUGUGUUGACUUUUAGUCCCUGAUUGUUUUUAUACCUUGUCUUUGAGUCCUUGAAAUGUGUCACUUGAAGCAUAUAUUAUUUCUGUCCUAUCUUUAGGUUUCAGAAGAACAAUAUUUAAAUUGAUCUCUAUUUAAAAAAAAAAAAAGGUUUUCUCCAACUGAUUCUUUGGCUGUUGAUACCGAGCCGAGAAAGACUGUACGAUGAACGGUGACACGCGGGCUGCGGUGGUGACCUCGCCACCCCCGACCACAGCGCCUCACAAGGAGAGGUACUUCGACAGGGUGGAUGAGAACAACCCGGAGUACUUGCGAGAGAGGAACAUGGCACCGGACCUUCGCCAGGACUUCAAUAUGAUGGAGCAGAAAAAGAGGGUGUCUAUGAUCCUGCAGAGUCCCGCUUUCUGCGAAGAGUUGGAAUCAAUGAUACAGGAACAAUUUAAGAAGGGGAAGAAUCCCACAGGCCUGUUGGCAUUACAGCAGAUUGCAGAUUUUAUGACCACGAACGUACCGAAUGUCUACCCUGCAGCUCCGCAAGGAGGGAUGGCUGCCUUAAACAUGAGUCUUGGUAUGGUGACUCCUGUGAAUGAUCUGAGAGGGUCUGAUUCAAUCGCCUAUGACAAAGGGGAGAAAUUAUUGCGGUGUAAGUUGGCAGCAUUUUACCGACUUGCAGAUCUGUUUGGAUGGUCUCAGCUUAUCUAUAAUCACAUCACAACCAGAGUGAGCUCUGAGCAGGAACAUUUCCUCAUCGUUCCCUUUGGACUUCUCUACAGUGAAGUGACCGCGUCCAGUUUGGUUAAAAUCAAUUUUCAAGGAGAUGUGGUAGAUCGCGGGAGCACUAAUCUGGGAGUAAAUCAGGCCGGCUUUACAUUACAUUCUGCAAUUUAUGCUGCAAGGCCAGAUGUGAAGUGCGUGGUCCAUAUUCACACGCCAGCAGGGGCCGCGGUCUCUGCGAUGAAAUGUGGCCUCUUGCCGAUCUCCCCGGAGGCACUUUCCCUUGGAGAAGUAGCUUAUCAUGAUUAUCAUGGGAUUCUGGUUGAUGAGGAGGAAAAAGUAUUAAUUCAGAAAAAUCUGGGGCCUAAAAGCAAGGUUCUUAUUCUGCGGAACCACGGGCUCGUAUCCGUCGGAGAGAGCGUUGAGGAGGCUUUCUACUACAUCCACAACCUUGUGGUCGCGUGCGAGAUCCAGGUUCGGACUCUGGCCAGUGCAGGAGGGCCAGACAACUUAGUCCUCCUGGAUCCUGGCAAGUACAAAGCCAAGUCCCGUUCCCCAGGGUCCCCGGCAGGGGAGGGUACCAGCUCACCUCCCAAGUGGCAGAUUGGUGAGCAGGAGUUCGAAGCUCUGAUGCGGAUGCUCGAUAAUCUGGGUUACAGAACUGGCUACCCUUACCGAUACCCUGCUCUGAGAGAGAAAUCUAAAAAGUACAGCGAUGUGGAGGUUCCUGCGAGUGUCACAGGGUACUCCUUUGCUAGUGACGGGGAUCCGGGCACUGGCUCCCCUCUCAGACACAGUUUUCAGAAGCAGCAGCGAGAGAAGACAAGAUGGCUGAACUCUGGCCGGGGUGACGAUGCUUCUGAGGAAGGGCAGAACGGAAGCAGUCCCAAGUCGAAGACUAAGGUGUGGACGAACAUUACACACGAUCACGUGAAACCCUUGCUGCAGUCUCUCUCGUCCGGUGUCUGCGUGCCAAGCUGUAUUACCAACUGCUUGUGGACUAAAGAGGAUGGACAUAGAACCUCCACCUCCGCUGUCCCUAACCUGUUUGUUCCAUUGAACACUAACCCCAAAGAGGUCCAGGAGAUGAGGAACAAGAUCCGAGAGCAGAACUUGCAGGACAUUAAGACGGCUGGCCCCCAGUCCCAGGUUUUGUGUGGUGUAGUGAUGGACAGGAGCCUUGUCCAGGGGGAGCUGGUGACGGCUUCCAAGGCCAUCAUUGAGAAGGAGUACCAGCCCCACGUCAUUGUGAGCACCGCGGGUCCCAACCCCUUCAGCACGCUCACCGACCGGGAGCUGGAAGAGUACCGUAGGGAGGUGCAGCGGAAGCAGAAGGGCCCUGGAGAGAUUCUGGACGAGAGCAGAGAAGAGAAGGAGAAGAGUCCUCCAGAACACCCUGCUGCCCCCCACACCCCCCCCAGCACCCCUGUCAAGCUUGAGGAAGACCUGCCGCAGGAGCCCGCCUCCAGAGAGGACAGUGACGCUGCCACCUUCAAGCCGACUCUCCCCGACCUGUCCCCUGAUGAGCCUUCAGAAGCGCUCGGCUUCCCGACAUUGGAGGAGGAGGAGGAGGAGGAGGAAGAGGAGGAGGGGCUCUGUGAGGCCCGCGAGCCCCCCAGCCCCGCCAGGUCCCCCUUGGUGGCCAGCCCUGAGCCAGCCUCCGCCCGGGCGGCUGAAGAGGCCGCCUCCCCAGCUGCCGAGGACCCUGGCAGCGACGGGUCUCCGGGCAAGUCCCCUUCCAAAAAGAAGAAGAAAUUCCGCACCCCCUCCUUUCUGAAGAAGAGCAAGAAGAGGAGUGACUCCUGAAGACCCCGUCCUGCACCAGCUGACGCCACCAGACCGUCCCCGAUCGCGUCUCGUGUCCUGUCUUCCCGUGUAGUGAAUGCAAAAAGCCCAGCCCUCCAUGUAGCUAGAGCUCCCCUCCCGGCCUGACCAGACCCCCACGUCCACCGGUGCUCGCCUUGCGUGUGUGCGCAGCGGUCCCCCCCCCCUCCUCCCCGGCCCGCAGCCUCAGGUUCUGGGGGAGACGAAUCCACGUCCCUCCCAUCCGUCUGCCCCUUGGUGACACCCUCUCCCCUGGCGGUGAGAAGUCCUGGUCCUGGCCAGACGGUCGGAGGCCCUGCCGGCUCUGGCCUUGACCGCUCUCUCCUUCUGUUGUGAGGUGACCCGUGCUGUGUGCUAGGCUCCCCUUCACCCCCAGGUCUCGGGUGACUGAAUCAGACUUGUAGUUUCCUGCUGGCGUUACCUGCUGGGUGAGUGAUCUCACUCUGUGGACACAAAGCCUCAGUCCUGUGAAAACACUCACGUGCCCACCAACGGCCCAGGGCGUAACAACAGCCUUUGAGAGGCGGGUUUGGGCUGAGCCGGAAACCCCAACAGCAAAGGGGACCUGUGUCUGCCCAGCACAAGCUAUGUGUGGUCUGAUUACCUGAGGCCAGAAACAGGUUCAGGGGCUCCCCAUUUCUCACUCACUGGGGUCUCUGGGUUCCUGUCAUGGGGAAGAUACAUCAAGACAGGGGAAGGGUCCUUUCUAGAAUUUUUUUUUCAGCAGGUUUGCAAUUUACCCUACGUUUUUUACCGUGAACAGGCCACUUUUUAGUAAGUUUCUUCUCUGCUCACUCGUCUGGGGGACGUUUUGGACCGAGAAGGGGUCUUCUCUUACCUUUAACUCUGCCUCGAAGACCCCCUGGUUUUGGUAAAAGGCGCAAGGUACAAGACGCAGUGGUCCCUCCCUCACUGCUUGUACCAGCCACUUAUGAGCCGUGACUUGCUCUCCUUGUUCGGCAUCGUGAAGUUUCACUUAACUCAGACCCCUGAGAAACCACAUGAAGCUGCUUAGCGGGACUAGUGGGUGACCCAUUCCAGGAGCUGCCCCGGUGCCAGCCUGACCAGGCACCGGCAGGCCUCCUCCCCGGGCGGACCCACGCUGCUGACACCAAGGCAGGACCUGAGGCUGGCUGCAUGGCGCUGACCACUGCUUUGAGCUUGCUGGCGACUUGCUUUUCUCCUGUGUGUCACUUUGUUGCCAUGGUGGCGUCCAGGCGCUGAGCCCUCAGCCCGUACUUCAGUUGACCCCGGACUCUUUACCCCUUCCUUUUGUCCCUCACAUGCAAUGACUUUUAUUUCACUUUUGUAGUUUAUUUUAACUCUUUGUAUUACAACAUGAAGUCUAGUCGCAUAUAUGGAUACAGGCUUGGGAGGAUGGGUCCUCUGUCCUCCACUGUAACGUGUUUUACUCACAAAUAAAAUUCUUUAAGCAGUUUCCUUGUCUAAA